GCAACACGGCCGCUAUAUAUCCUUCGCCUGGCCGCGGUCUCCUCCCCGCCCCCCCCCGCCUGUCAUCACCUCGCCGCCUCGCCGCCGCCGCCGUCUGAAUGCACAUGUCUUUUCUCACAAAGGCCCCGUUGUCGCUCGCCCGUGCCACCAUCUCCAGCCUUGCCACGCCUCUCGAACCCGCUGCUGGUCCAGGCAGAAUGGCCUCGAGCAACCGCCAAAAUGUUACCUGGGUAGAGGGUGUUCGUGGCGUGGCUUCCUUUUGGGUCGUGGUAACACACUUGUGCCGCGCUUGGGACUACAGCCUCUGGUCGCCGCGCGACAGCGAGAAUGCCGCCCCGCAGCUGCUCCAGCUGCCCUUUAUCCGAUUGCCCUUCCAGGGCCGCAUCGGCGUCACCAUGUUUGCCUUCCUCACCGGCUACGUCUGCGCCAUCAAGCCUCUCCGCCAGGCAAAGUCUGGAAACAUUCCUGCUGCCCUCGAGACGCUGGGCAAGUCGGCUUUCCGCCGCCCCCCGCGGCUGAUCAUGCCCGCCACCAUUGCCUUGGUCAUUGCAUGGUUCUUUGCUCAGCUGGGUACCUUUGAGGUGGCCCACCUUAGCGACUCGCACUGGUUCCGCCGCUCGGUCCCCACCAACAUUGGCGGCCUCGACACGGAAAUCCCGCGAUUAAUCAAGAACUUCCAGACUUCGUGGUCGGGCGCAAACAACGAGUACGACGACCACCAGUGGGCUCUCCUGCCCCUGCUCCAGGGCGCCUUCCUCAUCUACGUCCUGCUGUUCGCCACCGUCUUCAUGAAGUUCCGCAUGCGUCUCUUUACCUGCAUCGUCUUGUUCUUUUGGUACUGGAUGCGCACUAGCCCCGAGAAGGAAACGUUCGAGUGCCAGUUUCUGUACGGCGUCAUUCUCUGCGACCUCGGCUCCGAAAAGGGCUUCCGCGACUUUGUCAACAACCGGGUCAAGGCCCGCCGAUUCGCCACGGCUUUCCUCAUUCUCCUCGGCUGGUACGUGGCAUGCUACCCCGGUGAGCACUGGGAGUGGUCGGCCUGGUCUGUCCAGCUCAAGAACAUUGGAGAUUACAUCAUCCCCAACGGCGCAGCAAGCUACCCAAAGCGUUUCACGGCCAUUGGAUGGGACCUCAUGGUGACUGGAAUCUGGCUAUCGCCUUCUCUACAGAGCAUCUUCUCCAACAAGUUGUUCAUGUGGGUGGGCCGCAACAGCUUCGCCGUGUACCUCACGCACGGAACAGUGAUGAAAGUCGGGCUCGCGCGUUUGAUCUACGGAUUCAGCACGGCGCCGUACUACGUCGAGGAGCCCAAGGACGGCCAAGGCGAGGGCAUCCCCCACUACAUUCCCAGGACGACCAACUGGCUCGUCUGGACGAUUGCGAUUCCGCUGUUUUUUGUUGUUGAAUACACACUCGCCCAUCUGUGGACCACGUACGUCGACGCACAAUGCGCAAAGGCCACCAAGUGGCUCGAAGACACCAUGUUUGAGAAGAGCGAGGACGAAAAGCAUGGCGCGGCCAACAUGGCCUAGGCGGCGGCAUAUUCCAAAAUAAUCAAGCAAGACGCGGUACACUAGACGGAGACCCAAAUGAGAACCUCCGGACGGGUGCAGUUGCACUUUGCAAAUAUUCCUUUUUUUUUCCUACAUUAGGUAACGAUUUCUUUUGUUCGGGUUCAAUAUCUGCGGAUACCAGCUUCAUCGCAUUUCACGGAGUUUUUUUAUUUUCUACUUCUAUUUUUAUUUUUAUUGUUGAUUCAUUUUCUUUUCGAGUUCAACUGGGUUGAGAGCAACAAGGCUGUUGUGCAUAGGGCGCGGUUGAGCAAGCGUUGAACGUGUCACUACGAGCAAGACUAUUGGCGAUAGCUGUAUGUAAAAAGGCG